AUGGGUUGGUUCGACGACGACUCCCACGAGGCGCAGGCCUACGACCAAGUCGUCAAUCGUCCGCACGAGGCCCAGUGGACGCACGAGUUGAUUGGCGGUGCGGCCGCCUACGAGGCCGCCAAGGCGUACGAGGACCACGUCGCGCGGAACGGCAACCCCUCCAGCCACGCAAAGGCAAAGGAGAUUCUCGCCGGCGUCAUCGGCGCCUUUGUCGAUCGCGAGGUGGAGACCAAGGGGCUCGACUUUAUCGACACCGAAAGGGCCAAGCGUCACGCCCAGCGUCAGGCCGAGGAGCAGCUGGGCAGCGAGGGUGCCUGGUAG